CGCUCGUUUCCGCUUCCGCCAGCGCCGCGGCAGCCUCGUUGUUCCCGGAGUGGCGGUGUCUUCGUCCACCUCUCUGCACUAUGUCCGGCGGCCUUCUGAAGGCGCUGCGCAGCGACUCCUACGUGGAGCUGAGCCAGUACCGGGACCAGCACUUCCGGGGUGACAAUGAAGAACAGGAAAAAUUACUGAAGAAGAGCUGCACAUUGUAUGUUGGAAAUCUUUCCUUUUACACAACUGAAGAACAAAUCUAUGAACUCUUCAGCAAAAGUGGUGACAUAAAGAAGAUCAUUAUGGGCCUGGAUAAGAUGAAGAAAACAGCAUGUGGGUUCUGCUUUGUGGAAUACUAUUCAAGAGCAGAUGCAGAAAAUGCCAUGAGGUACAUAAACGGAACUCGUCUGGAUGACCGGAUCAUUCGCACAGACUGGGACGCAGGCUUUAAGGAGGGAAGGCAGUAUGGCCGUGGGCGAUCUGGGGGCCAGGUACGAGAUGAGUAUCGGCAGGACUAUGAUGCUGGGAGAGGAGGCUAUGGAAAACUGGCCCAAAACCAGUGAGUGGUGAGAGCCCAAUCAUGAAAACUCACUCCUUUGGCCUGUUGAAUUUGCCAUGCGUUACCCAAGGUCUGCAAACCUGCCCACUUUUAACAUGCUUUGAUCAAGGUCUCUACUGAGCUCGAAGCCAUUUUAUGGGUGUCCUUUGAAAAUUAUUAAAGGACAGAAUCCAAAGGAAUGCCUUUAUUCUGUAGUCUUAGAAUCUUGGCCAUACGUCAGCUUGCCGGAAUGAUUUUAUGUCACCAGGUCAGAAUUUGUGUUCUGUGGCAACAGGUUUCAUUUAUCAGCCCAAAACACCACACUUUUUU